GAAAACUAUGCUGGGCCGGCGUGGGCUGCUGCCGCCGCGGGAGGCGGGACGCCGCGCACCGCAGGGAGCUCCCUCGGUCCGGACGCCCGGGACGUGGCCGCGGGCAGAGGGCUCAUCUUCAUCCACUUUCUUCCUAUUCCUCCAUCCUCAUCCCCAUCGCCACUGUCGCAGCCCAGGACUGAUUAUCUCUCAGCUUGAACUAUGGCAGUGGCCCCUGAUGGACCAAUUCAGUCUCUUCUCUAACACCUAAGUCGUUUGUCCAACCUCAGUGAUCCUCAGGUAGGAGAGAGGGGAUUCAUGCCAGACCUCUGAUGCACUAGGCGACCACCAUGAUCCCCUGGGUGCUCUUGGCCUGUGCCCUCCCCUGUGCUGCUGACCCGCUGCUUGGUGCCUUCGCACGCAGGGACUUCCAGAAGGGCUCCCCUCAACUCGUCUGCAGCCUGCCUGGCCCCCAGGGCCCACCUGGCCCCCCAGGAGCCCCAGGGCCUUCAGGAAUGGUGGGAAGAAUGGGCUUUCCUGGCAAAGACGGCCAGGAUGGCCAGGACGGGGACCGGGGGGACAGCGGAGAGGAAGGUCCACCUGGCCGGACAGGUAACCGGGGCAAGCAAGGGCCAAAGGGCAAAGCCGGGGCCAUCGGAAGGGCUGGCCCUCGCGGCCCCAAGGGGGUCAGCGGCACCCCUGGGAAGCAUGGCACGCCAGGCAAGAAGGGGCCCAAGGGCAAGAAGGGGGAGCCGGGCCUCCCAGGCCCCUGCAGCUGCGGCAGUGGCCGCGCCAAGUCGGCCUUCUCAGUGGCGGUGACCAAGAGCUACCCGCGGGAGCGGCUGCCCAUCAAGUUUGACAAGAUUCUGAUGAACGAGGGUGGUCACUACAACGCGUCCAGCGGCAAGUUCGUCUGCGGCGUGCCGGGGAUCUACUACUUCACCUACGACAUCACGCUGGCCAACAAGCACCUGGCCAUCGGCCUGGUGCACAACGGCCAGUACCGCAUCCGGACCUUCGAUGCCAACACUGGCAACCACGAUGUGGCCUCGGGCUCCACCAUCCUGGCGCUCAAGCAGGGUGACGAGGUCUGGCUGCAGAUCUUCUACUCGGAGCAGAACGGGCUGUUCUAUGACCCGUACUGGACCGACAGCCUCUUCACUGGCUUUCUCAUCUAUGCCGACAGGGAGGACCCGAAUGAGGUGUAGACAGGCCCGUGUUGGCCUCCAGGCAGGGACCGAGCUUCUGAUUUUCUGCCUACAGAGAGAGACCCCUCGACUGUAGGCUGGGUGCUGGGGAUCUCAGGAGCUUCUAGCCUCAGGCUGACCUCCUCUGCUUUU